AUGGACUCCCCCAGUCAGCCGCCGAUCGUGAAGUUGCGGUCUUAUCAGCAGGAGAUGCUAGAUGCCAGCAUCGAGAAAAACAUCAUCGUAGCCAUGGAUACUGGCUCUGGCAAGACUCACGUUGCCAUUGCUCGCAUCCUCGUAGAGCUUGAGCAGGGCAUCACUGACAAGCUUGUGUGGUUUCUGGCGCCCUCGGUCGCCCUUGCAGAGCAGCAGGCUCAAGUUCUAUCAGAUCACCUGCCAGCGUAUCGCCUACGCACCCUCUUGGGCGCAGAUGGUGUUGAGAAAUGGACUGACCAGGGUAUUUGGGAUGCACUGCUUGCCAAUGUUAGCGUCAUGGUAUCUACACCUGCUGUUCUCGCAGAUGCUCUCUCGCAUGGCUUCUUGAAUAUGAGGAGACUAUCGUUGUGCAUUUUCGAUGAAGCGCAUCAUGCAACCAAGAACCACCCAUACAAUGCAAUCCUGAAGCUUUACUACCAGCCUGCAAGACUGAGAGGGGAACACGUGCCACAUAUACUAGGCUUAAGUGCGAGUCCGGUAGUGAACUCCAAGAAAGGCAGUCUCGAGGAGAUUGAAACAAGCUUGAACGCCGUCGCUGUGACUCCCAAGCAGAACAGGGAAGAUUUGGAAAAGCACGUCAAUCCUCCACAGGUUGUCUUAAUCAUCUACUCAACAGAAGACACGAAGGAGCAUGACAUGCUGUGUAAGACCAUGGCCAAGGCUACUGACGACUACGACUUCCUUCGAGAUCCGUACGUUGUCGACCUACGACAGCAGGGCGACGAAAGAUCACUGAAAGAGCUCAACAAAAUCUUGCUCAAGAAAAAGACUUACACUUAUGAGCAGCUUCGUGGCUUGCGAGGAAGAGCUUUCUCGAUACACGAUGAGCUAGGACCUUCUAUGGCCAGGUGGUAUGUCAGUGAAUGCAUUUUAAGAUUUCGAACUGGUUUUACUUCAGGCACGGCGAUAAUGCCUGACCUAUCAGAGAAGGAAAAGAUGCACUUGAACCACCUAUUCGACCCCAUCCUACAACAAGUUGACUUCGGAGCACACGGAAAACUCGUUACAACAGAUAAGGUUCAGAAUCUGGUGAGGAUACUGCGGGCAGAGUCCUCCGCAGAGACAAGAGGUGUCAUAUUCGUACAACAAAGAGCGCAGGUCACAGCUCUUGCGGAACUACUUCGACAAACAGAUGAGAUUGCAGUGUCCUACCAGGUUGGAACAUUUGUUGGCACUUCCUCCUCGUCGUUUCGUAAGGUGUCCGUUGCGGAUCUCGCAAAUCUUCGUGCACAUAUUACCGACCUCGAAGCGUUCCGCAGUGGCGAGAAGAACUUGAUGAUAGCAACGAAUGUUCUCGAAGAAGGAAUCGAUAUCUCUGCUUGCAACCUGAUCAUAUGCUUUGAGAAGCCUGGCAAUCUCGUCUCCUUCGUGCAAAGGCGCGGUCGAGCCAGACGCAAGGAUUCCAAGUACUACGUCUUCACAUCCGAGGAAGAGGCGCUGAAAGCUGGAAAGCAAUGGGAAGCACUCGAAGCUCAGAUGAAGCAGGCAUAUAUGGACGAUACAAGACAGCCAGCUCCCAGCGCGGAGGAAGACCUAAGCAGCAGAACGUACCACAUCGCUGCAACGCAGGCCCUCCUCACCUUGGAGAGCGCCAAGGCGCAUCUAUUGCACUUCUGUAGUGUUGGCAUUUCUCAAGCCAGCAACUAUGCGGACCUACGGCCAGAAUUCGAUGCCGUAAUGAAGUCAGUCGGGUCGUGGACGGCCACAGUCGAUCUACCGGCAUUCGUACACCCUGAUCUGCGGCACGCAACAUCUUCACAAGCAUGGCCGACUGAGGCCACAGCGAUUUGCGACGCAGCUUUUGAGGCCUAUGUUGCGCUUCAUAAAGCCGGGCUUGUGAACGAUAACUUGUUGCCUCUGACCAAAGACUACGGACCAGCAAUCGGCGAACAGCAUUUGGAUCAGCCAUCCAUUGCAGAAGUAUCAGACCCAAUAUACGUGUGGCGAGGCUUCUUCGGCGGCCUUGCUUUCCAUGACAUGCGCUGGCAUGUCUAUCGUGUGUCUUUGAGCACACCUGACGGCGUGCAGUCUCAAAUGCGAAUGUGGACCCCUUGUCCGAUUCAUUGUGGUUCGAUCCGACUCUACUGGAGUGCCAACACUACCUAUGUGGUGGAAAUACUUGCUGAAAGCAAAGGGGCGCAGAAAAUGAGCGCAGCUAGCCUGGCGUCACUGCAAGCAACCUCGGAUCUGAUUCUUCGCUCGGUCCACGGAUCUCGAAUGGCGAUCGAUAAGAAAGACUACCCGAUCUUAUUCGCCCCGGCAUUGCAGGAUAAUGAGCUUCUGAAGUGGGUCGAUAGUAUGUCUGGAUCAGCGCCCAUCAAUGGACCCAUGCAGCUGACCCCGUCGCAACAAGCGGAGGUGGGUCUUGUCAGAGUCAAGGGGCAGCCCGGUCGUGCCUACUUCUUCCAGUCGUUGGAGACAUUGACCGGCGAUAAGACAGCCUCUGGGCAAUCCGUGAGGGUGCGCACAUUCCCAAAGCGUAAGGACUUUCUCCACCCCAUCGCAGCAGAUCAUGGCACCAGGGUGGCGUACACCGGGACACAAUCAUAUCCUCUUGCCGAAUGCUCGAUCGACAGACUGGCAGCUGGGUACGCGCUGUUUGCAGCCUUUGUGCCGUCGAUCAUACACUGCCUAGAGCUUCAACUUUCAGCUUCCAGCGUUUGCCAAUCAGUCCUACACGAUGUUGGACUCAACGACACAAGUCUCGUGCUCGAGGCAAUCACCGCGCCAGGUGCGAACGAAGCUGUAGACUACAAUCGACUUGAGUACUUGGGUGACAGCAUACUCAAGCACUGCACAGAGCUUGAGGUCGUUUCUCAGCAUAUCAAUUGGCCAGAAGCAUAUCUGUCAGUGGACCGAGACAGAAUCGUUCGGAACAGCAAUCUUGCAGCGGCUGCUCUCGCCAUAGGUCUAGACAAGUUCAUCAUCACGAAGCCAUUCACCGGAAGCAAGUGGCGUCCACCAGUGGUCGAGGAGAUUCUAGCUCAAACACCAGGGAAACGGUCUAUGUCGACCAAGACGCUGGCAGAUGUAGUCGAGGCACUCAUUGGCGCCGCAUACGUCGACGGAGGAAUCGUCAAGGCCCAGAAAUGCAUUGAAACUCUCCUACCAACCGAAACAUGGCACCCUCCGGCACAUUGCUUCGACCUACUCAUCCAGGAACCACGACCUACGCCCGUCAAGAAUCUGGACCUCUUGCAGCACCUCAUAGGCCAUGACUUCACUCAUACGACUCUCCUCGUGGAAGCAAUCACCCACGUGUCCUUCCCAUACAACCGGACGGGCCUCUCAUACGAGCGUCUCGAAUUCCUCGGCGAUAGCGUUCUGGACAUGGUCAUCAUUCCCAAGCUCUUCUCGCACUCUCGGAAGCUGAAACAUUGGGAAUUGCACCGUAUCCACGAAGCCCUGGUCAAUAGUCAUUUUCUAGGGUAUUGCUGUAUGCGGUACGCCAUGGAUGACGAUGUGGUCGAUGUCGUGCCUGCCUCUGAUCCGGGGGAGUAUAAGACCAUCAGAUCCUCCCGCCAAGUCCACUUACAUGACUUCCUUCGAGCAGGAGCGCAGCUGGUUCCUAUACGCCGCAAAUCUGUGGAACUCUUCGAGAAAAUGCGAGAGGGGAUCGAUCACGCGCUGGAGCACAGUGAUGAGUAUCCCUGGUGCUCAUUCGUCACUCUCAAUCCACCCAAGCUGUUCUGCGACUUGGUGGAGUCCGUGCUUGGAGCCAUCUUCAUCGAUACACGAGGAGACCUGGACGCGUGUGAAGCCUUCGUGGACAAACUUGGGAUUUUGCGGCACAUGCGUCGAAUUCUCGAUGCUCACGUCGAGACGUUCUCGCCGAAAGAGCGGAUUGGCGUUGUAGCGGACCACGAGGCUGUCAAAUAUACCAACGGGCGAGUGGAGGACGAGCUUGGGAAGAAGAGCUUCAGUUGCACUCUGAAGGUCGGGGAGAAGGAAGUUGUCACAGUGACUGGGUGUCACAGUAAAGACGAGGCAGAGGUUAAGGCUGCACAUCGAGCUUGUGCAAUCCUAGGAGGAUCUGAAGGCACCGAAGCACGUCGGAAGAAGAGGAAACUGGCGGUCAAAGUGGACGAUCUUGACGCGGCCUUUUGUAAUGGUGAAGAGCAGUGA